GGACGGGGGCAGUACUGUGACCCUGCAGGGGCAGGACAAGGGGCCCCGAUGAGGAGGAUCUGGGCUGCAAAUCUGUGGUUCCGGCGACCCCCCGCCUCCAGCAGCCCACCGGGCUCUCGCUGAAAAUGACAACUCCAGCCAGAGCCGGCGCGCGCGCCUACGACACAGCCAUUCAUGCUUUAGCCGAGGAAAACCAAAAAGCAACAGCUGGCGGCGGAUGCGCGCGCGCGCUGGCCCGUCCCCGCGGCGGCCGUCUCCUGUUGCUUCUCCAAGCGGCCUGCCCUUUGAAUCCCGCCCGCACCCAGGAGCGGCGGCGGCGCGCUCGAGGGGCGGGCAGCGCCGGGCGAGGAGAAGGGGGUCCGCGCGCCGACGCUGCCCGGAGGCCGGCGGAUGGUGACACCGCGGUCCCCGGAGCCCAGCCCCGGCCGAGCCCCCGCCCACCACUCCCCACCCCAGCCGGACCCGCCGCUCCAGCCCGCCCCCACCCUUCCCAGCAGGGGAGGCGGGAAAAACAGCGAAAGCCUCGCCCACCGCCCUCCCCCAGCCUCGCCACUCCCAGGCUCCUCCGGACUCGACUCAUCCUCCUGGGAUUGUCUCGGAGGGGACACGCCGCGCAGCUGCAGUCUGUCACCCAGACCAUGGUGACGGGCUCUCUCUCCUUCCACUUUCUCAGCCCUCAUGCUUUUAAUUACCACUGA